AUGGUGGUAUCUAUAGUCUGGUUUGCAACAAAAAUGCGACUACAGACCUGUCCGAUCAUCCCCUUCACACAAGCCGGGCAGGAAUUAAAAACAGAGCAUCCGAUGCGAAGGAAGGAGUAUAACGGAAAGGAGAACAGACUAGGAACAAACGAAACGAGAACCAAAAAAUCACUUCGCGAGAAGGAUGAUGAUAUCCUUCUUGCUUUCGCACUUGACAGAGACCUUGGAAAUGACAGCAAGGGACUUAUGAGCUGCACGAUUUGGAUAUGGGAUAGCGAGAUGGUCUGGGUUGGAUCACUAAAGAUGACUUGUGCAGUUAUCUUUUUUGGCCACGCAAUCUCAGGAACGAGUUGCAUUCGCGAUGCCAGUCUUCAUAUCACGCAUACUUUUUAA